CGUCUAUGGCAAGGAUUAUUUAAUUUUAUUUAUCUCGGUAGCCUAUGGUGGCUUUAUCUCCUCGCCAACUUCCGUACAUCUGCACUAACACGAGAACACAGGAAAGGUGAAAGCAAUGUCUGGGAUUUGUGCUCAACUGUCUAGUUCUUUACGAUCAGUGCAUAUGGUCUCAUGUUCCCUCUCCUCUCACUCCCUCUUUACACAAGCUGAACAUUGCGCCCAUGGACACCAUCCUGGCGUCAGCUAAAAAUAGACCGGAUUAAACUCAAACUGAGAUGAGAAAAAGGUGAAGAAGAAGAGCGGGAUUAAUGGAGGGAACACUGCUCCAAAUCUAAUUCCCAAGGGCCAAAGAGUGGGAACGUUAAGAGGGAGAGCAUACAUUAAAGUACUCAAGUACAUUAGAUACACUGAUGUUAAACUGCAUCUGUAAAUUGUUCAUUGGUACAUCUUGUUUUCAAGUCCACAGUUAUUGCUGUACUCUCACUCUCAAAUCAAUUCAAAGGGCUUUAUUGGCAUGGGAAACAUAUGUUUACGCACACUGCACAGAGACUCACACCAAAACAAACAGGCAUUUAAAAUGGACACGCAUUUUAUGCGUCAUAUGGGUCCUUGCACGACUUAGUGUCGCACUUUUUUUAGCAACCAUUCAACGGAAUAUGAAUUGUAAAUAUUUGAAGAAUAGACAAAGUAGCUAAUUGCUCAUGUAACGCCAUUGCAAUUACACCGACAGUGUACCGUUGGAUGCAGAGAAAGUAACGGAAUUGCCUUGCUUUGACAUUGAACGAAGACAAAGAAGUUCUUGAGAUUAACGUUAGCUGGCGUUAACUGGCUUCCUGAUUGAAUACAUGUGGAUUAGCUAGCUGACUAGCAAACUAACAACAACCCCGAUUCAAGUGAGUUUACCCAAAACAGCAGAGAACCAUGGAGGAGUCAGCAAGCACCAUAGAGGUCACAGUGAAGACCCUGGACUCCCAGAGCAGGAGCUACACUGUCCGGGGAGAGUUGACAGUGAAGGAGUUCAAAGAACACAUAGCUGCCUCAGUGGAGAUCCCAGUGGACAAGCAGAGACUAAUCUACCAGGGCAGAGUGCUGCAGGAUGAGAGGACACUGAACGAAUACAAUGUGGCUGGUAAGGUGAUCCACUUGGUGGAGCGUGCUCCUCCUCAGACCUCCCAAUCUGGUGGCGGGGGAGGAGGAGUGUCCUCAGGAGGAACAGAGGGAGGUGCCAACACCUCCUCCUCCCAGGGAGGACCCCAGGACCGCAACGGGAACAGCUACGUCAUGCUGGGAAGCUUCAACCUGCCCGUCAACAUCAUGGACCCCCAGCAGAUACAGAUGCAAGUACAGCAGAUGAUGGCAGGAGUGGGAGAAGCAGGAAGGAAUACCAGAGUCAGCACCAGCACUGGAAGCAACGGCUCAGUGGAUGUGCAUAUCAACGUUGACCAAUCAGUGCAGAGCGAGCCCAGGAUGAGGCUGCAAUUGGCUGAGAACUUGCUAAGAGAUACCCAAUCUCUGAUCCACAGACUGGAGGGUCAGCCCAGUGACGUGCCAUCUCAAGCCGAGCCGGAGACGUCUCAGUCCACCUCCUCCUCCUCCUCUUCCUCCUCAUCCUCCUCUUCCUCUUCCUCUACAGCUGCCACUGAAGGAGCAGCACAGCCUAUGGACACCUCCCCCCCUGCUCCACCACCUCCUCCUCCCACAUCCUCCACCCAGACAGAGGGACUACCCCACUCCGGGCCCAACCACCCCAGCCCAGCAGAGCUGGUGGAGGUGUUGUCAGAGGUGAGGAGGGUGGAGGAGAGGCUUCGUCCCUUCAUAGAGAGAACUCACUCCAUCCUGGGGGCUGCCACUUCAGCAGACUACAACAACAACACCCAGGAGAGAGAGGAGGACCAGCAUGUUCUCAACCUGGUCGGGGAGUCUCUCCGUCUCCUUGGCAACACCCUGGUUGCCCUUAGCGAUCUGCGUUGUAACCUGGCCACUCCUCCCCCCCGUCACGUCCACGUGGUUCGGCCCAUGUCCCACUACGGCUCCCCCGUCCUGCUGCAGGGUGGUAUGCCCCACCACAUCCCCAUACCGAUAAACCUUGGAAACCUGGGGACCACAGUGACUAUGACGUCCAAUGGGAGGCAGGCAGCCGAGGGCCGAGCCCAACCCUCUCAGGCUCCUGGCCCAUCAGAGAGCCAGGCCCCACCUCCACAGCCCAACGCAGCCAAUCAGCAGCCAGGUCAGGGCCAGGGGGCUCCGCAUGUGAUCAGAAUCACCCACCAGACCAUGGAGCCUGUGGUAAUGAUGCAGAUGAACUUGGACGAUUCUGGCAGCGGCCCUCAGGUCCAAGGACAACAGAUCCCCAUGGGUACUGGACAGCCUGGUGCUACUCCAGUCCACAUCCCAGGCCUUCCUCCAGAGUUCAUGCAGGCCAUCGUCCACCAGCUCUCUCAGCAGGCGGCUGCCAUGGCAACCGCCGCCUCCACCGGUCAUCCCGGGCAACCAGGAGUGGGUGUCCCCGGGGCCACCCCCAGCUCUGAACCCUCUGCCCCGCCUCACCCUCACAGCCCAUUGCCCCCUGGGGCCAGGGUGGCGAUCACGCGCCCCUCCUUCUCCCCCCACAUCCCCCAGCCUGUGGGCACCAGGGGCACCACAAUCAACCUCAGGGCUUCAGUGCCCCCUGCUGGCGGACAACAGAACCUACAGGGCACACCUCUGGCUCCCUCUCCCCUAACUCAGAUGAUCAGUGGUCUGGUUGGACAGCUCCUGAUGCCUGGACAACAGAUGCCUGGACAGCAGGGUCCUCCAGGUGACCAGGCAUCCACCAGCUCCUCCUCUGCCUCCCACUCCUUCUCUUUCUCCACCUCCUCCUCUUCAUCCUCUUCUGCCUCCUUCUCCUCCUCCAACCCCGUCCCUCCCCACCCCUCCUGUGGGGCGACCACCUCUGGCCAGACCACCACCCACACCACCAACACCACCUCCGUGGGCCAGCCACCGGAGGGGGUUGCCGAGGCCAACCUAGCCCAGCUCCUGGGCUCCCUGCUGGGUGGAGCAGGCGUGCCAGGAGCCCCUGGUUCUGCAGCUAACCCACACAUCACUGUGACUGUACCUGGAGUCCCAGGGUUCUUCCAAGGCAUGUCAGAAUUCAACCAGGCUAACCAACCCAUCUUCUCCCGACCCUCACCCGCACCCGGCCAGGAGCCUCCCCCUGGCCAAGGCACCCCUGCCCCCCCUCCCCAGGCGGCCCCUGGGGGUGAACGGGACCCCUCCCUGAGCCCGGACCUGUUUACAGGUAUUGUCCAGGGGGUCCUCUCCACCAUGAUGGGUUCUCUGGGGGCUCCGCAGGGUAACGGGGAGAGCAUCGCUCAGUUCAUCCAGAGACUGUCUCAGACCACCAACCUUUUCACACCUGGAUCUGGGGACGCUGUCGGGUUCUUUGGGGACCUGUUGUCUAUGGUGUGUCAGAGUUUCUCCAUGGUGGACAUGGUGUUGUUACUCCAUGGUAACGCCCAGCCUCUCAGCCGGAUCCAGCCCCAGCUGACUGACUUCUUCAACCAGCACUACCUGCAGGGCCGAGAGCCUACUGACGCCAAUAUCAAUGCAGCAUCUGAAGACCUCAUCAAUGGUCUGGAGGAGUACAUAGCAGAGAGCUUUGCCACAGUGACAGUGAGAGAGGGAGUGGACAUCAUUCAGACCAACAUCUCUUUCCUUAGACAGCAGUUCACCCGCAUGGCCACGCACAUCCUACGCUGCACAGACCACACGUUUGGCCCCCGCCUGCUGCUGCUCUGCACCCAGGGUCUGUUUGAGUGUCUGGCUCUCAACCUGUACUGUCUCCGAGGGGAACAGAGAGCUCUCACCCAAGUCAUCAACCACCGCAUCACGAGGAUGUCAGCAGAGGUCAACCCCAGCCUGGUCAACUGGCUGACCAGUAUGAUGACCAUGAGACUCCAUGUCAUUCUGGAGCACAACCCAGUCACUGAGGACCACAUCCAGCACUAUGUCAUCCACACACAGAGAGCAGAGCCUGAGGCACAGGCUGGACAGCAGACAGACACACAGAACAUGGAGAUGGAUGAAGGUCUGUCCCCGGCCCCAGCCACCACAGCAGGGGAGGCCAUGGUUUCAUCAGGGGACAGACAGGAAGUUGGAGCGUCCCCCGGGGUGACCACCCCCUCGCGGAGAGCAUCGUCAGGGGAGACUGGAAGAGCCGCUGCCAUGGCAGCAGGAAGAAGGGAGGAGUCUGUAGGAGACGUGGAGCCCUGGGCAGCUACAGUGCCCCCUGAGUGGGUGCCCAUCAUCAGACACGACAUGCUGUCUCAGAGGAAGAUGAAGACUCAGCCCCCUCUGUCUGACGCAUACCUCCACGGGAUGCCUGCCAAGAGGAGGAAGACCCACCAGGGUGAGGGCCCCCACCUGUCCCUGUCUGAGGCAGUGAGCCGGGCUGCCCGGGCUGCAGGAGUCAUACCUGUCACUAGCCCAGACAGCCUCCACGGGGAGCUAGAGGAGCCAGCGCUGCAGGAGGCCUACCAAGAACAGGUGAGGAGUGACAUCAAGGAGAGAGUAAGGGAUGACCAAGACUUCAGCUCCCAGCGUUUCCCCAACACACACCGCGCCUUCUCUCUAGAUGACUCUUAAAUCUCAUUGGUCCUCAGGCCUGUCAAAAACCCCAUCUAGACAAUCAGUUUUCUCCAUGGAUGACUCCUAAACUGAUUGGUCACCACACCUGUCAAUAACCACAUCUAGCAAAUCACUCACAACCAUGAUGUAUCCUGGGGUUUGUUCAUCAUCAUGCAGCUCUGACAUCACGUCAGGAAUCACGUCCGCUCGAUUCGUGACAUUUCUAUCUUCAACAUUAUGUAAUGCGCCCCAGACUCCAUUCUGCAACAUUCCCUGCAGGUCUCUCAUAUCCAAUGAAGGACAAAGAGCAAAGAAAAUACAAGAGACAUGACUUGCUUAGACCCUGCUUUCUCACUGACCUGCCACGGAAAAUGCCACUCACUGAAAACCGAGAAGAGCUUUACAACCUGUCUGUCAUCUAUCAAUGGAAAAUGUCAGUCAGUGUGGUAUCUUCCCCAAACCAAUUCUUUCUCAUUCCAACAAACUCAUUCCUAACUGGUUGUCAUCUGUAUGUCCUGUUGUCCUUAUGAGGCUUUAAGUUGUAAAUUAGCACAAAUUGUACAUUGUAUUAAGAACGUGAUGUAAUAAUAUUGUAGUGAUAAUGCAACAGCUAUUUCUUGUUAAGUUAAUAAAGUAACGAAACCUUUC